GAUUAUUUCUAACAUUAAUUCACGCGUAGAAAAUUGAAUGACUUAGAUUGAGAUUAAAAAUUAAAUAAUAAUACUGAUUUUGGCAUAGGUGAUUUGAUUAGUUGAGGCCCGGAUGGGUUGGGUUUAGUAUCUAUAAAUAGUGUGGUGGAGCAACCCUCCUCCUUCGAGCUCUUCUUCCUCUUCAUUUUGGAAACGAAACAAAGACCAGAAUCAGAAACGCCGGCAGAGGGAAAGAAAGGGAGGAGGGAGACACAGACGCAACACACGAGAGAAUUUUAAUCUCAAAACCAAAGCCUUUGUUUCUCUAUUUCUCUCCUGACGUUGCCUGCUUGCCGCCGCUGUCCUCGUAUACUAUUUCAGAUCAACGAAACGCUUUCUCUGUUUCAUAUCUAUCAAUCCAUUUAUCUUAUCGAACUUUACGACUAUGGUUUUCUGGGUUUUUGGUUAUGGUUCACUGGUCUGGAACCCUGGGUUCGAGUAUGAUGAGAAAGUCAUAGGCUUCAUCAAGGAUUACAGGCGUGUUUUUGACCUUGCAUGCAUUGAUCACAGAGGUACACCUGAAAAUCCUGCAAGGACUUGCACCUUGGAGCAUAUUGAAGGAGCCGUUUGUUGGGGUGCUGCUUAUUGUGUUCGGGGAAGUCCUGAAAAGGAAAGAGCGGCAAUGGAGUACUUGGAGCGGAGAGAAUGCGAAUAUGAUCAAAAGACCCUUGUGGACUUUUUCAAGGAAGCAGAUCCCAUGCAGCCUGCUCUAAGUGGUGUUAUAGUUUUCACAUCUACUCCAGACAAAGUUUCAAACAAGUAUUACCUGGGGCCUGCUCCAUUGGAGGAAAUGGCUAUGCAAAUUGCAACUGCUGUUGGACCCUGUGGAAACAAUAGAGAUUAUCUUUUCCUGCUGGAGAAGGCCAUGUUCGAUAUAGGUCAUGAGGAUAACAUGGUUAUAGAGCUGGCAAAUGAAGUGAGGAAGGUUCUUGGAACAUUGGGGAAAGGAAAUUCCAAGGAGAAGAAGGUAGUAGGGUUUCCUCUCAAACCACUCACAUCCCAGACUCACAUCCCAUCAAUUCAAUUGCGUUUGCUUCCUGAAGCUGUUGCAAUCGAUUCCUAGCUUCUCCAUCAACUCUCAACAAGCGUCCGAAGGCUAGUAACUAGAAGGCCGAACCUUUGUAACCCAAUUAUAAGUCUUGCUUAACCUAGUAGAGAACAGUAUUACCAUUUUUUAUCCGGCA